CCAACCCCUUGGAAAAGUUUUGCUCACCCGAGAAAUGAUGUUUUGUUUCGCUCUCCUAAGUUUUUUCUUCCUGCUGCGACUCACCAGUCAGCAGUUCCCAAGGCCCUGUGCGACCACUGAGGUGCUGCGCGCCAAGCAGUGCUGCCCAGUGUGGGACGGGGAUGGCUCGGCGUGCGGAGUCCUCUCCGGCAGGGGCUCCUGCCAGGAUGUGGUGGUGUCUGACCUCCCCAACGGCCCCCAGUACCCCUUCUCCGGCAUAGACGACAGGGAGAGCUGGCCCUCCGUCUUCUACAAUAGGACUUGUACCUGUACGGGAAACUACAUGGGCUUUGACUGUGGGCGCUGCAGGUUCGGGUUCGCCGGUGAGAAAUGUGACCAGAGACGGGAGUCUGUCAGGAGGAACAUCUUCCAUCUGUCGCUUAGCGAAAGGACGAAGUUCAUCUCUUACUUAAACUUGGCGAAAAACACCAUAAGCCCUGACUAUGUGAUUGUGACCGGCACCUACAGUGAGAUGGGUAACGGUUCGGUUCCCAUGUUUGCAGACGUCAGUAUUUAUGACCUCUUCGUAUGGAUACACUAUUACGUAUCCAGGGACGCGCUUCUCGGGGGACCCGACAACGUGUGGACGAAUGUGGACUUUGGGCACUGGGCACCAGCCUUCCUGCCCUGGCACCGGCUCUACCUGCUGCUCUGGGAGGAUGAGAUCCGCCGGCUGACGGGCGAUCCGGGUUUCGUCUUGCCCUACUGGGACUGGCGCGACGUGCGAGACUGCGAGGUGUGCACCGACGAGCUGAUGGGGGCCCGGAGUCCUCUGGACCCGAACCGGAUCAGCCCCGCAUCCGUGUUCUCUGCCUGGAAGGUGAUCUGCUCUCGGGCCCCGGAGUACAACAGCCGAGGCGUGCUCUGCGACGGCGCGGGGGAGGGGCCCUUGCUGCGUAACCCCGGCAACCACGACCGACAGCUGGUCAGCCGGCUGCCCACCUCGGCUGACGUGGAGUUUGCCCUCUCCUUGGAGGGCUAUGACACCGGCCCCAUGGACAUAACAGCCAAUAGGAGCUUCCGGAACACUCUGGAAGGCUUUGGAAACCCCGAGACCGGUCUGGGCAGCAGCCCACAGCUGAUGAUGCAUGCCUCACUGCACGUCUACAUGAACGGCUCCAUGUCCUCAGUGCAGGGCUCAGCCAACGACCCCAUCUUCCUCCUCCAUCAUACCUUUGUGGACAGCAUCUACGAACGCUGGCUGCGGAAGCACCAGCCCAGCAGGGGGCAGUACCCCGAGGCCAAUGCUCCAAUUGGCCAUAAUGGCGCCUACUUCAUGGUGCCCUUCCUGCCCCUGUACCGCAACAGGGACUUUUUCAUCUCCAGCAAGGAGCUGGGCUACGAGUAUGCAGACCUGCUGCCGCCAGCUGAGUAUUUCAUUCAGGAGGUCCUCGCUCCGUACCUGGAUCAGUUUAGAAGGAUCUGGCCCUGGCUGCUCAGUGCCACUGCCCUGGGGGGUUUGGCCGCCAUGCUGACAGCGGUCGCUCUGACCAGUUUGCCUUCGACCCCCUGCUGGCCAUGGCGGAGGAAGAUGAAGAAGGGAUCAACAUACAUGGAGAAACAGCCACUGCUAAGUGCACACCCCAUGCUGUAACCUGACCUCCUCGGGGGGUGGGGAGUACUGGCUUACAGAGAGGAAGUUGCAGAGGAACCCUUUUGCACUGAUACAUGUGCAAAUAGGGCGUCUGGCGCAUUUCAAUCUGGCAGUCAAUCAUGACAGCCCUCAGGGAUUACAAGCAGGCCUCAGAUGGCCUUCAAGAGAGACAAGUAAAAGCUGAAACCCAGUUUAUUACUGACCUCACUGCUAUAGAGAAGCUCACCAUCUCCAUCCUAAUGUCUGUAACAGCUGCAGUUCUGAAUAAAAGUUUGAAAUAAAC